CUGCGCAAAUGUAAGCGGGUACCCGAGCCGAACCCAACCCAAAAAAGUUGACAAUUUCUCUCUCAUCUUUUGUUUUAUUGUAUUUUAAUUUAAUUUUUUAUUUACCUUUUUUAUUAUUAUUAUUUUGUAACCUGAAGUGAAUUAUUUUGUUGUGUUCAAUAAACGAUUAAUAAGCCAAUCAAUAUGUUGAAAUAUUUGAGAGGAAAAAGUUACAAAUCAGCUACUAAAUCUAAAUUGCCAAAGGAGGCAUUCGCUUUGAAACAGACAAUUUCUCAUGGAUUUCCACAUUCACCAACUUGUAUGGCUUAUGACAGUAAACUUAGUUUAUUUGCCAUCGGUUCACAAAAUGGUGUUAUUAAGGUUCAUGGUCGACCGGGUGUUGAAUUGGAAAUAUCACUUGGAGAAGAAACUGAAAUUCGUCAAAUUAAAUUUGUCGAAGGACUUGGACAAAUUGUUGUUCUCUGUAGUGACAAUAGUCUAAGUUUAUGUGAAAUUAAUGUUCAAAAAAAGGAAAAUGGAAUUGAAAGAAGCUUCAUUGAAAAAGUGAAAACUUGUUCUCAUUUUCAUAAGGAGCAAAGAGAAGGAAAUCUUAAACAAAUUACCACUAUGACCAUCAAUUCUACCAAUGAAAUUUUACUGGUUGGAACUCAAGGAGGCAAUAUAUACAUCCUUUCAUUAGCAACAUUUGACCUCACCGAUGAGAUAAUCUAUCAAGAUGUGGUCAUUCAAAAUAUACCUGAAGAUUCAGUGAAAAAAAGUAAUCCAGGUGAAGUUGAAGUUAUUGUUGAAAAACCUCGUGACGCUGGUAAAUUCUUAAUUGGUUACAAUAGAGGUUUGAUUGUUCUAUGGAACAAUAAAACAUUAACUACUGAGCAUUUUUACAUCGCAAACCAGCAUCUAGAAUCUGUUUGUUGGUUGAGAAGCGGUGAUCAAUUUAUUAGCUCUCAUGCCGAUGGUAUUUACAUUAAAUGGAAAUUAGAUGACAAUUUAAAACCCUCUCAGCCUCCAGAAAAGGAAUACGGACCCUAUGCAUGUAAACCAGUUCACAAGAUAAUUGGCUUGACAACUAUUGACAAGGAAGAAUACCUCAUUUUUGGUGGUGGCCUCCCAAGAUAUGAUUACUCUCAUAAAUAUCCUGUGACAAUAAUCAAAAACGGAGCCGAAAAGAAGCAUCAUGUCUUUGACUUUCCUUCCAAUGUUAUUGACUUUAUUGUUAUCAAUUCUGACGAUAAAGAUGAAAAAAUAUUUGACUAUCCGGAAGCUUUGAUAGUUCUUACAGCCCAAGAAAUUGUUGCUAUUGAUCUUCAACAUCCAGAUUGGCUUCAAUACCCAUUGCCAUAUCUAAAUUCAAUCCAUUCUGCCGAUGUGACCGCAUGUCAGUAUUUCUCUGACAUACCUGAAGAUGUUUUCAGCAAACUUCAAUCAAUCGGUGCUAAACAGAAUGAAAAUAAGUACACUAUUCGUGAAUGGCCUAUUAAAGGAGGAAUCGUCACAGAAAAACCUUUUACCGUUACAAAUGACGUUUUAGUGACUGGUCAUGACAACGGUAAUGUUAACUUCUGGGCAGCCGGAGAUGUUUCUCUUCGCCAUUUGUGUUCCCUUGAAACUUCGAAGCUUUUCAACUUCCUAGAAGAUGAUUUAAUUCCUAUUGAUUCUGACGAGGUUCCAGCUAAUGAGAGUAACAAAGAAGUUGAAGAAAAGUGGCCACCUUUUCGAAGCGUUGGUUCCUACGACCCUUUCGCUGACGAUGUUAGAUUGAAAGUUCAAAAAGUUAUUUUCUCCCCAUAUUCAUCAACUCUUGUCGUUGGUGGAGGCUGUGGCCAAGUGAUUGUUUUCAGUUUAGCAGAUGAUAAUAAUUUUACUCCUCUUGUGGUAAAAACAAUGAAUAUUAUUCGUCCAGAAGAAAAUUUCCCAUGGAAAGGUCAACCCGCCCCUAAACCUCGUUCAGAGCAUGUUAAAUUUGUUGGUUUUACUGCACAAGCCUUAAUUCAAACAAAUCCUCCCUCGUACAUAACCCAUUUAGCUUGGCAUGCUGAAUGGAAUCUACUUGCCAUUGGUACUUCUUAUGGUUUUGGUCUUUAUGAUUUUCUUCAACACACCGUCGUUGUCACCAAAAGUACAUUAAACACCAAGGAUUCUGCUGCUUUGUCCGAAAAUGAUGCUCCCUUCUCUCGGCAUAGUUCAUUUAGGAAAUCUGUUCGUUACUCUUUCCGUAAUUUGAAACGUCUUAGAUCUCUGAGAGAUUUAAAGAAACCUGAUUCCUCUCAGGCAUCAUCUUCAUCUCCUGCCCAAGAAGUUAAAACGUUUAGAGUUAAACCAAAUGAGAGGCGUGUUGAAGCUCGCCCUAAAGAUGAAAUAACUGGAGCAGUAGUUAAUUUUCUUUAUAUUGGUCUAGCCGGAAUAGACAAGAAAGAUUCAGGACAAGCUCCAACUUUAUGGGUUGGUACCCAAGCGGGUGUUGUCUAUGCAUUUGCUUUCAAAGUUCCAGGUCUAACGCCCAAAGAAGGUGAAGAAGAAAUGAGAAAAACUGAAAAAAUUACCUUCACUUAUGGCAGAGAGAUAAAAUUAGCUCAUGCUGCUCCCGUUGUAUUUAUUCAUCCAAUUGAUUCUACUGGGUAUCCAUUACCUGAUCCCUUGGAGGUUAAACAUGGUAAAGCCCGAGCCCCAUCAGCAGCUGAUAAAGUUUUAGUGUGCACAGAAGAGCAGUUCAUCUUAUUCACACUUCCUCAACUUAAACAUCAUUCUAAAUACAAGUUAACUGCAGGAGAAGGAGUUAAAGCCUCACAUGUAUCAAUCUCAUCUUUUACAUCAACUCUUGAUGAAUCAAUAACAGAACAAUGUAUCACUUGCCUCACCAACAGUCGAGAAAUUGAAGUUUUUACCACUGAUUUGGAGCAGAAGAUGAAGGCUCCACUUGUUGAUUCUCAAUACAAAUCACGCAUCUCUUUAUUACGAUUUACAUCUCACGCUGAGGCUUUAUAUCUUCACUCAUUCAGUGAACUUAGAAGAUUUUCUCUGUCACCUAAACGUAUCGUCGAAGCUGUUUGCCUUAUAUCUGUACCAGAAUCUGCAAGACCAAGGAAAGUCGUACAAGUUGCACCCAAGCCCGCGGUUGAAGUAAAAGAUGAAACUAAUGUUAAACCCGCUGAAGUAUUGGAUACGAAAAAGGAGAAAACUCCUGAAAAAGAUAAACAACCAGAAGCAGCAGCUGAUAAAUCGGUGGAGGUUAAACAGGAAACUGAAGUGAAAACAAUAGAAAAGGAAGAGACACCGACAGCGACAGAGACAGAGAAAGAGAAAAGAAAAAGAAAGAGAAAAAGAAAAAGAAGAGAAUGAAAGGAAGGCGAAAGAGGAAAGAGAAGAGAAAUUGAAGAAGGAGAGAGAAGAGCUAGAGAAAAUAAAGAAAGAAAAAGAAGAAGAGGAGAGAAUAAAGAAAGAGAAAGAAGAACAAGAGAGAAUAAAGAAAGAGAAAGAAGAACAAGAAAGAGUGAAGAAAGAAAAAGAGGAACAAGAGAGAGUAAAGAAGGAGAAAGAAGAGCAAGAGAGAAAAGAGAAGGAGGAUAGAGAAAAGAAAGAGCAAGAAGAAAAAGAGCGAAAAGAGAAAGAACUUUUAGAAAAAGAGAAAGAGAAAAAGGUAGAAAUUAAAGAUGAAGAGAAAGAAGAAGAUAAUAAAGAGGGAGAAGUUAAAGAGAUCAAGGAAAAUCAGAAUCAAAAUCAAAAGAAAAAGAGAGAAAGAAGAAAGAAAAAUCGAAAUGACGGACGACAAGAAAAGAAAGAGAAAGUUAAGUAACCCCACAUAAUAUCGAAAAACAAAUAACGUUAGAAAAUUACCGAGGAUACAAAUUUUAACGAUAAUUUUUGCUAAUUUUUUUAAUCAUCAUCAUCGUAAAAUCAACAAAAACAAAAAUAUAAUAAGAAACAAAUUGUUAUGCAACUUCUUGAUUUGAUUAACCUUAAUAAUGAUAAUAUCUACAAAGGAAAAACAAAACAAAACAAAACAAAAAUGACAAGUACAUUAAAUUAAAUUGAUAUUUUUCAAUAUAUUAA